GUACCUCUGCAGGGAAAUUACGGCAACCUAGGGAGAUGGCGAGUGUGCGUUAGACGAGCAGAGAAAGCCAAAGAUUAUCCAGGAAAUGAAAAGGGCGAGCAAUUGGGUCGCUCGGCCGGACGCUCAGAAUUUACAAUGUUUAGCCAAUCGAGCGGCACUCGGAACGCCGCUUUUUUCGAUGUCAUUUUGCAGGCUUGGAUAUAA